AUGGCGCGGCCGGCGAAUUCCGAGGAUUCCUCCGAGGAGGCCCCCUCGAGUGCGUCGAUGUCGGAGGAAGAGCAGAGGGAUGUGGGGGAGGAGAACCUGGACGAGGAGGACGUGGAGGAGCUCGAGGCCGUGGGGAGGACCGCGAGCCCCGAUGAGGACGACGCCGGCGGAGAGGAUAAUUCGCAGUCCACGGAGGAUGAUGUCGUGAAGGAGAGCGACGACGAAGAAGAGGUAACUGAUAGGAGAACGGCUUGCAGACGGUGUCGUGUUUUGAUCUACGAAAUCUGGGGUUUCUGCCGUCCUCUCCGUCGAUUUUCCUUCCAUUUUAGGUUGUAUUUUGGGGAGAUUGCUUUUCUCGGUUGAAUAUCGUUUUUUUAUCAUAACAUGCAUAUUGUACGUCUACACCACUGAGAAUUUAGUUAUCGUGUUAAUUCUUGUGUUUUACAUAUUUAUGGAUUAUACAGUGCAUAACCUCGUUACUUGCAUCUGCACUGAAUUUAAAAAGAUCAAUAACAAAAUGACAGUGAAAUCAUCUUUAGGUGAUGUGGCCGUCUUGAAAUACCUAGGCAGUCUGCCAUCGCAAUAGCGGGUUGAGGGGCAUCCCCUCUGCUAGGUGUUUUUAAGACACUUGGUGUAACUGAUCAUAUGUAGACAGAGAUCUCUGGCUAGUGUAUGGAUGGUCGAUAUUUCAAUAUUUUUUACACUUCUAUGUGUCAUUAAUUCAGGCAAUAGCAAAUACUGAGAUCGCAAAGAGAGAAAGGGCCAGGUUGAAGGAGAUGCAGCGGCUUAAGAAGCAGAAGAUUCAGGAAAUAUUAGACACACAGAAUGCUGCCAUUGAUGCUGAUAUGGUGUGCAUUCAGAUACUUUUGUUGCAAGAACGAUUUUUUUUGUGCGACAAUGCUAAUUACUAAAAUUACGUUGAGCUUUGUAGAACAAUAAAGGGAAGGGUCGUUUAAAGUAUCUCCUCCAGCAAACUGAGAUAUUCGCGCAUUUUGCCAAAGGUGCUCAAGCCGCAGCUGAUAAGAAACCCAAAGGAAGGUGAGUUAUCUGACGUAAUCUAAGCUUUUACUACCAUACCGGGUAGAAUUUAUCCUCAGCUUCGUAAUGUGGAAGACUUCUGCAUCUAACAUCUCUUAUUGAUAAUGUUUUCGGUUACUCCUUUUGGGAUGAUGCAGGCUCUGAACGUUUCCUGAUAUUUUGAGUAGAUCCAUUCACUUGCAUUUCGUUCAAGAAUGUCACAGAAGUUAACUAUGCCACACACCUUUUUUCUCGUAGUCGGUCAUGGUCAUGGUCAUGGUCAUGCUUAAAAUAUUAUUUACGGCCUUGCUUUCCCACGAAAGUGAUCAAGUCCAAUCGUUUCGUUGAAUAUAUCUAUGAAUGAAUGAUACGAAUGCGAGUGAAUCCUACAGAAUAAACAUAUCGUUGCAUACUUGUCGUGCUUGUGGUUUCCCGUUUUAUUUUUAUCUAUUUUUCUGGGGGCAAUGAUUUUAGUUUUGAAGGAUGGAUGAUACUCGCAACUUUUAGAUGAAAUGGUUUUCGCGUUGUAAAUUACAUUAAUUGAAAGGUUAACAAUCGGAAAUAGACUUGAAGAAGUUGUGAAAUUAAUCUGUGGAAGGCCAGGACAAACGAUGCUUUUACAUUAUCUUCACCAGUCAGGUAAAGUCUGACAAGGAAGAAUACUCAGGGAGUUCCAUGUGGAACCUUUGAGGAGCUGUUGUUCCCCAUCAUAUGAUUUUGGAGCGGACUAGAAAAACACAGGAAUUGAAUGAAGUGAAUUCGCUAUCGAAAUGUAUUGCAAUGCAAGACAUGAAAAGCCAAUAGUUUGCAAAGCUACAAAUAAGGUGACGUGCAGAUUUUGAGGUCAUGCUAGUUCUUUCAGGCCUUUUGUCUCAAUCUUUUUUUUUUGUGUUAGUAGUGUAGUAUAUCAGGACGAGUUCUGCCAAAGUGGAGUCGCGAUAACUUCCAUGAACAUGUUAACCUUCUAAAUGACUUCUGGAAUUUCGUAUCCUAUUUGUUCUCAUGUAAAGCUCAAAACUUUUUCAGGUAGACGCUCAUCUUUAUUUUAUCUUGUUUAGAAUUAUCAUCCAUGCUUGGAAAGGGAAAGUCAAAAGAUAUUGGCACCAUCUAUAUUUUCAAUAUCUUCACCUAUUCCAUGGAAAAUAAAAAAUGAGGAAGAAAAUGACCAGCGCACAUUAUUAACCUAGAGAAGAAUGUGUGGCGGGCUAGUAACGAUAGAUGGUUACUAAAUCUAUAUCUAGUCGUGGAUAUGGAAACAUAUGGGUUGGGGGUGGCUGCUGACCCACAACUAAUUGUAUGUUUCAGUGCAUGUGAAUCGCUAGGCUUUUCAGUUGAUCUAAACAUUUCCGAUUUCGAUAUUUCUCUGGAUUUGUUUGUUCUUACCCAUAUCUGAGGGUUGCAUAGUGUACGAAUUGUAAUCAAUGCGUGCAAUUACGGAUUCAGCCGCACUAAUGCCACUUUUGUCAUAUCUGGUUGCUGAGUUUUGGUUGUACCAUGACUCAUUAAAGUUGUCAAGGGUCUCAGAUUACAGACUGGAUUCUCAUUUAUUUGUAUCCUUUGUUUUUCUGGUUCUUGCCAGCUUUGUAGGCUUUCUUGCUUGGUACGGUCCAACUAGUGAUGAUGUUUUCUUUCUACCUUAUUGUUACAGAGGACGUCACGCAUCUAAGGUAACAGAAGAGGAAGAAGAUGAAGUGUACCUCAAAGAGGAAGAAGACAGUUUAACUGGUGCUGGAGGAGGCACACGUUUGGUGUCUCAACCGUCAUGUAAGUUUUCCUUCGUUUGAUACAUUCGGUGUAACUUGGUAGACAUUUCUUCGUUUUCCAGGAAUGAUUAACUAUUGUAAAUGCCUAUAAUCUAGAAAGUUGCCUGGAUGGCAAUAUGUUUGGAAAGUAAGGAGUGGAGGUAUAUUUGGGUCGGAAGGUGUAUGGCUCAGAGAGCUGGUAUCACUUAGAACCAUGCAGCUUCGAUAUUAUUAUGUCGUUUGCAAGUAAUUUGGAGAUGAUUAUAAAGGAUGAGGACUUUCUUUUGGGGAUGUGAAGAAGUAGGGAUUGUAAUCGUUUCAUGCUCAGGAAUGUUGCACAGUCAUAGAGUAAUGAUUUUGACCAUGGGAACUUCUUAAGUUAUGGUUCUGAAUCCAAGUUAAAAGCUAGGGAUCCGAAGCUAUUGAAUGGAAUCUUUGAUUAUUUACCCUUAAUGAUGUACCAUAUGGACAUUGAAUAUUUUCCCUUUUGCUUCUUCCUGAUCGACCUUUUCAAGCAUAUCCUGCAACCAUCAUCGCCAUGUAGUCUAGUGUAAAAGUUACGGUGGAACCUUCAUUUUGCAUUUCAUCUGUAUUCUUUUAUAUUUUUCUUCAUUCGGAGAGGUUUACUGACUUGCGGGCUUCUAUCUUUCUUCGUUUAACUGUGACACUGAUCGAUCUUUUUUUUUAGCUCAGGCAUACAAGGAAAAAUGAGGGACUAUCAACUUGCUGGUUUGAACUGGCUGAUACGAUUGUAUGAAAAUGGAAUCAAUGGGAUUCUUGCUGACGAGAUGGUAUAAUUCACAUUUUUUUUCCUCUCCAGAAUAUGUGCCCGGUCUUGAUUAUAUGGGCUGAUUGUUGUUGUUUCGGUAGACUGACGUCCAAAUUUCUGCUAUUUUAUGCUGGUUAUCUUGAUGAUGUAAUUUUACUACUACUUUUCAGGGCCUUGGUAAAACUUUGCAAACAAUAUCAUUAUUAGGUUAUCUGCAUGAAUUCAGAGGAAUCACUGGGCCACAUAUGGUUGUGGCUCCAAAAUCUACUCUUGGCAACUGGAUGAAGGAAAUUAGGCGGUUUUGCCCUAUUCUCCGUGCUGUCAAGUUUCUCGGAAAUCCAGAAGAAAGGGUAAUAUUAAUAGAUCGACGAUUUUCUAUUUAUAUCUGAAUUCGUCACUUCUGCACUCAUGGGAUGUUUUCUGCCUUGUCUUUUUUGCUUGAGCUCAUCAGUUUUCUGACAGAUGAAAAUUGCCAUUCACUUUCCAGAAUUAUAUACGUGAGAAAUUGUUGGUGCCUGGGAAAUUUGACGUCUGUGUUACUAGUUUUGAAAUGGCAAUAAAAGAGAAAACUUCUCUACGUCGAUUUAGUUGGCGUUAUGUUAUUAUUGAUGAGGCACAUCGUAUCAAAAAUGAGAAUUCUCUUCUGUCUAAGACUAUGAGGCUAUACAACACCAAUUAUCGUCUUCUUAUUACUGGAACACCUCUUCAGGUAAUGUUUUCUUUGAAGUAGCUCAUCUUCCUGUGCCUUGGAUUCAUAAUGUAUUUUGAUUCAUGUGAAUUGAUAUCAAUGGGUGUUUUGACGUGGUCUUUUCGUCUUUGUGCAUGUGGAAUCAUUGAAUCAUUUACCAUAAGUCGUUUCUUGUUUGAGUGACCUAUCUCUGAAAUGAUGUAGAAGUGAUCUGGGAUGUCAGUGAAGAUGUGAUUAUGCUAUUUUUGUUUAGAAGUAAAUGCUAUGUGAUAAUAGGCUUCAAUGGAAUUAAUGGUUUCACAGUUUCGUUCAUUUGUCUUGAGUUUUACUCAAUUAGUCAUUUCCAGGUUAUUCUGUAUCUGUUCUUUCCAUUCUUAAUUUAGCAGCAUGGUCUUUGUUUUUACAUUUCCUGUUAAAACCUUUUUUUGUAUUUUUAAUUGUGCAGAACAAUCUCCAUGAGCUGUGGUCCCUUCUUAACUUUCUACUUCCUGAGAUAUUUAGCUCAGCUGAAACUUUUGACGAGUGGUUUCAAAUCUCUGGAGAAAAUGACCAGCAGGAGGUUGUUCAACAGCUCCAUAAGGUAGAUUCCGUGAAAGGGCUGCAUUAAUAUUUCUCCUCUUGCACUUAUCAUUGUUGUUGGUGGAUGUGCCCAUACUGACUAACCUUUUAACUUUGGAAGGUCCUUCGUCCUUUUCUCCUUCGGCGGUUGAAGUCUGAUGUCGAAAGAGGCUUACCUCCCAAGAAAGAAACCAUACUUAAAGUUGGAAUGUCCCAGAUGCAGAAACAUUAUUAUCGUGCCUUACUUCAAAAGGAUUUAGAGGUUGUUAAUGCUGGUGGAGAGCGCAAGCGCCUUCUGAAUAUUGCCAUGCAGCUCCGAAAAUGUUGUAAUCACCCAUAUCUGUUCCAAGGUGCAGAACCUGGCCCACCUUACACAACAGGAGAUCAUCUUAUCACGAAUGCUGGUAGGUUCUGACUUGUACAACCUUCUAAACGAUUUUUUUUUUUAUGCUCAUCAGAUUUUGGCCAGUGAUGUUACUAUUCAUGUGCAGGUAAGAUGGUUCUUUUGGAUAAACUUCUUCCAAAACUGAAGGAACGUGAUUCCAGAGUUUUGAUUUUUUCCCAGGUGAGCCCGUGUUCAGCAUUAAGUUUUCCAAUUUCUAUGGUUAUGAUGUUUUAAAAUUUGAAAUCCGAUUAUGUGCACGCAAGUCUGAAAACGCAUUCACUGGUGAUUUAGAAAAUUAGAUGCCGAUUGAAAUACUGCACUCAUGAAUGAAAAUUUAUAAAUAUCUCAUCGUAUUACUAUGUUCUCUUCUGUUUUUUUUCUUGUUAGUUCUGUAGAUCGUAGAUUAAGAUCUUUUUCCUGAUUUCGUGAGCUCAAUCUAGGGUUGUUCUGUGUUUGCUUCUUAGCAAUUAUGUUUGAGACACCAGAUCCCACAGCUGUGUUUUCAUGACUCUGAAGAGAGACAUCAGUUCCUCAUGCUGGUAGUAGGUCUCAGGGUUUGGGAUUCAUUGUGGGUGAAAUGAUGAACCAAAAAGGAAAAUGGAGCUUCAUCCCAUCUGAACCCUUAAAUUUGUGAACUCUUAUUUUGGGACGCUCUUAAUCAUUUUCCUGAUGUUGAUGCUCCAGCAUUCUCUCCUUUUAAUUGCUGCCAUCACCGUUCAUGUUGGUAUUUCAAUCUUCCGUUUCUCCUUAUCAUCAAUCUCCCUCUUUGUAUGUAAAUCAGAUGACUCGGUUGCUGGACAUUCUUGAGGAUUAUUUGAUGUUCCGUGGGUAUUUGUACUGCCGCAUUGAUGGAAAUACUGGGGGAGAAGACCGCGAUGCGGCCAUUGAAUCUUUUAAUCAGCCGGGAAGUGAGAAGUUCAUUUUCUUACUUUCAACGAGAGCAGGUGGCCUCGGCAUCAACCUUGCCACUGCAGAUGUUGUCAUCCUUUACGACAGUGACUGGUAAAUCAACGAUCCUGUACUCGUGACUCCAGUGAUGAUUGUCAAGUCCCCACAUUUUCAUCUCUUUUGUAUGUUUUAGGAAUCCGCAAGUCGAUCUACAAGCACAAGAUCGAGCCCACCGAAUUGGGCAGAAGAAGGAAGUUCAAGUGUUUCGUUUCUGUACAGAGGUAACCCAUUCUUUUGUCCAGUAUUUGCUUGGUUCAUGCAGCGGCGAUCUAAUACCGCGGAACUCUACCGUUCAUUUUAAUUUCUUGUCAUCUGUUAAUGUUUAGUUUCGGGAUUCACAAGAUGGCACGAAUGUUUUCUGAACGACACCUACGUUUCUUUGCCUUCUCUGCAGUACACAAUAGAAGAAAAAGUGAUAGAGAGGGCCUACAAGAAGCUUGCGCUUGAUGCCUUGGUCAUUCAACAGGGCCGACUAGCAGAACAGAAGAGUAAAUGCGCUUUUAUUUUUGUUCAUGCUGAUGUGAAUUUCUGCGGUUUUAUCAUCUUGAUUCUCUUUUUUAUGGCUCAAACAGCCGUCAACAAGGACGAAUUGCUGCAAAUGGUGAGGUUUGGUGCCGAAAUGGUCUUCAGCUCCAAGGAUAGCACCAUUACUGAUGAGGAUAUCGAUCGUAUCAUCGCAAAAGGCGAGGAAGCAACGGCCGAGCUCGAUGCCAAAAUGAAGAAAUUUACCGAAGAUGCUAUCAAAUUCAAAAUGGACGAUAGUACGUGUGUCAUCUCAUCAAAAGUUUGGGCUUCAUGCUCGCAAGGUCUGACCAUCUCAUGUUCUUGUCUCUGCAGAUGCCGAGUUGUAUAACUUUGACGAUGAGAAGGUAAAAGCUGUUCACUCCCAAGCUCUGGCUCUGUGUCUCCGCAUCUCUUUGUCAUUGGCCACAGAAGCCUGAAUCCGCUCCAUUGACUCACCUUCAGGAGGAGAAUAAGGUUGACUUCAAGAAGCUGGUCAGCGACAAUUGGAUUGAACCCCCAAGGAGAGAACGCAAACGCAAGUAAGACUGGAUUAUGGGUCAUCAGAGACUGCAUUUUCAACUGUCAUUUUUCCUUUCUUUGCCAUGACUCGCUUGCUUCUUUUUUUUAUUUUUCUUACUUGACAGUUAUUCAGAAUCGGACUAUUUCAAGCAAGCAAUGCGACAAGGAGGCCCAGCUAAGCCGAGGGAGCCACGGAUUCCCCGGAUGCCUCAGCUGUAUGCAUCCCAUCCCCUCUUAUACUAGCCCAUUCGAACCUCUAUAGCUUGCCCUGAUUUUGCCCCUCCAUGGGAUUUCAGGCAUGAUUUCCAGUUUUUCAACACCCAAAGAUUGAGUGAGCUGUACGAGAAGGAAGUGCGAUACCUCAUGGUACGUUCACUCAUAGUUUAGCCGUCAACACCCAAAGACGAAGUUUAUCUUUAGUCGUGAAUAUUUUUAUUGAUAUAUUUCUAUAUAUAGAUUGUUUUUUUUUUUUCAACUCGCGCCAAGCAUUAUUUCGAUGAGCUGACCUCAUUGUGGGCUUGUGUCCCAUCAUCCAACCUUUUUUUGUGCAGCUAACCCACCAGAAAAACCAACUAAAAGACACCAUUGCUGAUGGGGACGAAUCUGAAGGUAACAGGACUUAUUAGCCUCUGGAUCCUCAAUGUUUCCUGCUUCUUCUACCUUGUCCCGACGCUUACGUCUUCUCUUCACUGUAGACGUGGGGGAGCCCUUGACUGCUGCCGAGCAGGAAGAGAAGGAGCGGUUGCUGGAAGAGGUAACGCGUGAUCGUCUUCUUGUCGGCCCUUGACCGCUGCCUACGCUUUGCCAUUUUUUGAAGCGCCCUCAUGAUUGGCGCCGGCCGGCCGUCUCUCACCUGCAGGGAUUCUCGACGUGGACGAGAAGAGAUUUCAACACUUUUAUUCGAGCAUGUGAGAAGUACGGCCGGAAUGACGUCAAGAGCAUAUCUUCUGAGAUGGACGGCAAGUCGGAGGAGGAGGUCGAAAGAUAUGCGAAGGCCUUCAAGGAGAGAUACAAGGAGCUGAAUGGUGAGCAAGAACUCAAAGCUCUCCUUCUUUUUAUUUAUUUAUAUAUAUAUAUAUAUAUGUAUGUUCUUUUGAGAAUGAAAAAAUGGGAAAUACGGGCGCAAUAAUCUUUUUUUUGCUCUCCGCCGCGGCCACAGACUAUGACAGGAUAAUUAAGAACAUCGAGAGAGGGGAGGCGAGGAUCUCGCGGAAAGACGAGAUCAUGAAGGCAAUUGGCAAGAAGAUGGAUCGCUACAAGAACCCGUGGCUGGAACUGAAGAUUCAGUACGGCCAGAACAAGGGGAAGCUCUACAACGAGGAGUGUGACCGCUUCAUGGUGAGCCACCUCUCUCUCUCUCUCUCUCUCUCUCUCUACCCUACCACUCUCUACUCUCUCUCGCUCAUCAGCGAUGACUGGUAUCGUCUCCAGCUCUGCAUGGUCCACAAGCUCGGAUACGGCAACUGGGACGAGCUGAAGGCGGCCUUCCGCACGUCGCCACUCUUCCGGUUCGACUGGUUCGUGAAGUCGAGGACGACCCAGGAGCUCGCCAGGCGCUGCGACACCCUCAUUCGGCUGGUGGAGAAGGAGAACCAGGAGUUCGAUGAGAGAGAGAGGCAGGCCCGGAAGGACAAGAAGAUCGCUAAGGUCCGAAUAUUUACUCUGUCUCUGUCUCUGUCUCUCUCUGCGCGGUUUCUCAAGCAUGUUGUCAUAUUACCUUUGGGCGUGGUUUCAGAGCAUGACCCCUACGAAGAGGUCGAUGAGUAAGGCCCCGGCGAUGGAGACCCCCACGCUGAGCUCCUUCAAGAGGCGGAAGCAGUCGGUCAUGGAGGACUACGUCGGCUCGGUAUGAACUUCAUCUCUUUUCCCCACUUCCUCGACCCACCUUAUAAAAAACAUGAACGGCAUCUUAAUGUGUUCCUUUUCUCUCUCAGGGGCGGCGGAGGAAAAACCUCACUUGA